CUUUUCUAUGAAUAAAUAAAUUUUUGAUUCCUCUAGUAUUCAUUGGAUAUUGGAUUGAUGUCUACUGAGGUCAUGAUCGGUGUUUAUUUUGAGAUUCUUCGUUACUUCUUAUGAUUUAACAGAGUAGUUCUGUUCUACAGAUAUGUCGUCUGGGGACACCAAUUCACAACAUAAAGAGAGUUUAAUGCAUGAGAUCAAUGCAUUGUUUGCUCCACCAACAAAUGAAUCAUACGGUAAAAAAGGUUCACUCGGUAUUCCUUCUUUUCGUCGCGCAAGGAAAAACAAUGAAUCAACGACGAACAGUUCAGAAACAAAUAAUUCCAGUUUAGAGCACUACCAACUACCGAAUACAUCUGGAAAAAAUGAUCCAUUUUGGAGGAAACCUCGUGCUAAUUGUCAUGAAUAUUGUGAUAGUUGUGGUUGUAUUGAAGGCGAAAGACUUGUCUGCGACCGAUGUCCAGCCAGCUUUCACCUUGAAUGUCUUGACCCACCAUUAGAUCCGGAUGAAGCACCUGUUGGUGUCUGGUUUUGUCAUCGAUGUUCAAUGGUGUUGAAAGAUGAAGAAGAUAAAACUUCAACAUCAAGUAGUCAAACAACUAUAGCUACAGAUACAGGUUCUUCACGUUCUGGUAAAAGUGGACAAAAACGCCAAGAUCAAGCAUCAUCAUCAUCAGUUGGAACUACAACAGCAGCAACAGUUGGACUAUCAGCUUCCACUUCUACAUCUUCCAUUAGUAAUAACAAUAAUAAUAGUCAUUCUCACCAACAAAAUUCACUACAACAAUUUAUCCAAUCACAAACUAGCAAACGUCAUUAUACAUUCCGUUCGACAUUUAACGAACAAUAUUGUUUAGAUAUGAAUAAAUUAUCGAGUAGUCGUUCCAGUACUUGGGGUGAUUCAGCGUAUGUUGCUGAUAUUGAAGAAUCUGAGCUAAGAGCAUUAUGGAAAGUAAUUGAAUAUGCGAAAUAUCAAAAUCCAAAAGAAUAUGAUCUACCGAAAGACUUAUUACCUGGUGUUAAGCUUCCUGGUUCAUAUAAAACACCAACAGAACGAAAAAAUAAAAGUAUCAUCGAAUUAGAGAAUGGUCUUAUCCCGCAACCUGUAAGACGUUGUUAUGUAUGUGUUCGAACAUGUUUCUAUGCUCCUUUGUUACCAUGUGAUUAUUGUUCAUCAUGCUUUCAUUUAGAAUGUUUAAAUCCACCAUUAUCUCAUUUUCCACCACGUUCUGAUCGAUGGAUGUGUCCAAAUCAUACAGAACAUACAACUGAACGUUAUUUAACUCGUUCAAUACGAUUAACUGAACGUAUGCAAAUUUGGACUAAAUUAUAUUCAUCAUUAAAUAAUGAAAAUAAUCAUUAUGAACAAUCUAUUGAUAAAACUGAUGAAAUGACAAAAAUACUUGAACAUAUACCUCCAUAUGAAUUAACUUAUACACCAGAUGAAGAAAGUUCUAUACUUUCUGAUUUAAUGCGUACUAUUCAACGUAGUAGAAAUGAACAACAACAACAACAGUAUCAAUUAUUGUCAUCGAAUUUAUCCAAUACAGCAAUGUCAAGUAUUUUCGAUUCAAUACUAUAUACUACUAAUAAUACUACUACUAUUAAAGAUAAACAACAUAUAUUGUCCAAUCGUCAUUUAUGGCGUUUAAAUCGUGAAUUAGCAGCAAAAUCUAGAAAUAAUCAAAAUUAUUAUGAUAAACAGAUAAGAAUUGUGGUACCAAAAGCAGUUAAACAUUUAUACAAUAAUCCAGUAAAACGAAUUCCACGUAUUAAUGAAUCAUCAAAUGUAUAUCAAUUAACAAAUUUACUUGAUAGUUCCAGUACAGAUGAAAAGAGUAUAUUUGUUCGUGGCCUUUUACAAUUUUAUUUACAAAAUACUCUACAAUUACCUACACAAUCGUCAAAUCUAAUACAACCAGACGGUAGUAGUAGUAGUACAAUGAUUAGUGAUACUAGUGAUACUAUUGUCACUACUAAUGCAACACAACCGUCAAUAUCAUCAUCAUUUGAAACAACUCCUAUCGCUGUAACAACAACAGCUAUUGACAGCCACAUCAAUGAUAAUAAUAUAUCUAGUUCCCUCGUAAUAGAUAACAAGACAACUGAUACAUUGAAGCUAACUACAGAUUCCAUUGAUAUGAACACUGGCAAUAAUUCAUCGAUAUUACCAUACAAUACAGAACAGAUAUCUAAAGAUCCUUCCUUUAUUCAAGAUGACAACGAACAUUUGUGUAACUCCUUCGAACAAUUGAAUACAGCAAUUAUAAAGAAAUUCAAUAAUAUUACUGAUAAUAAUAGUAUUCCUUCUAAAUUGGCUCGUUUAGACCCUCAAUUAUUGUAUACUUUAGCGGCACAACGUAUUUAUGAUCUCUUGGGUAUUAACAAUGAAAAUUCUAUUUUUCCUAAUGAAGACAAUAUUAAACAGAAUAGUUGUAAAACAAAGAAAGACACUUCUAAAACAUUGAAUAUUCCUGAAAGUUGUAUCCGUGCAAGAGCUGUACUAACACCUUGUGAUGGGACUAAUGGAUAUGAAACUCGAAUGCAUUAUAGGCAAUUGACUGUUGGUACAUCACCGGAUUGUCAUUUAUGUUUAGCUAAUUAUAAUUUAUCUUCAUUAAAUAAUCAAAAAUGUUCAUUUAUAUCACCACAUCAUGCUACAAUCUUCUAUGAUGAUUGGACACAACAUUAUGAAUUAAUUAACUAUAGUGAAUAUGGUACACGUGUAGAUGGUAUUAUAUAUGGGAAUGAUAUAGAUAGAAAAUUAAUUUAUAUUCCAGAAUCUUCUGAUCUUGUUCAUCGAGUUCGUAAUCUCAUAAAAACUGCUCCUAAAGAAUUAUCACCAAAUUAUCAAACAUCAUCGGUUAUUUCAGAACUCUGUGAUUCACCGCCUAAACGUCUAAUGAAAAUGUUAAGUAAACGACAUGAAGAUUUAUCACAUGUGACAUCUAUAUGUGAUUGUACAAGUUUACAUUUUACUCAAAAUGAUAAAUUUCUAGUAGAUAAAACAGAUUCAUCAUUCGAUUUAAUCACUGGUUGGGAAGGUUCCGCUAUUUUAAGACAUGGUUCAAUGAUACAAUUUGGUUGUUAUAAAUUUAUUUUUAGUUUAGUCAAUCAUUCUUUACCUUCCCAUCCAUCAUCAACAUCAUCAUCGACGUCAACAUGGAUGACAAUCAAUAAUAGUUCAACACAAUCUUCUUCUUCGCAUGAAUCACCAGUACUACUUACAGAUUCUUUAUCAGUAGUAACAAAAGAUUUUUUAAAAUUAUCUAAAAAUAACAAUUUACUUGUUCAUUAAUUUUUAAAAAGUGAUUUAAUAAAUCAAACGAACAAAAAAAGAAAGAAAGAAAAAAGAGAGAAAACGAUAUAACCAGUAUCAUCAUUCAUAUGAAUUUAUACUACUUAUAAACUACUUAUAUAUAGAUAUAUAAUUUUGUAUAUUUGUGUUAUAUAAAACUUAUGAUUACAAUUAUUAUUAUCGUAUUUUAACUAAAUAACAUCUC